AUGCCAUUCAUAAAUGCAGUUAAGGCUACCGGCGACGCGCCUAUUAUGAAGAAGAAGAACUGGAAGGUCGACUCAAACCGUACCAUUGGAUGGAUCAAUGAGUUCAUUAAGAGAUAUAUCAAACUCGAAGCCAACGAAUCGCUGUUUCUGUACGUAAACCAGACGUUCAGUCCCUCUCCCGACCAAACCGUUCGCAAUCUUCUCGAGUGCUUCGGAUCCGACGGAAAGUUAGUCUUAUAUUACGCUAAAUCCCAGGCCUGGGGCUAA